AGGGGGUCACCGUGAGCCGGUCCAAUGCGCCUUGCCUCGUCCCUGAUCGUCCUCGCAUCCGUUCACUAUCCUGCCUGUCCUUGACCCGCUCCACCAGAGGCCUCCUGCCAAAGCCAACACACCAAUGGCUUCCCCUAUCCAGACGGCCGUGUCUACGAGCACCGAUGUGCCCAUCGCCCACCCCGAGCGCCAGUACACGGCCACCACCGAGACCAACGGCUCCGCUGAUGCUGCUGCUGCCGCCGCCGCCGCCGCCGCUCCCGAGCCCGCCAAAAGCGCCGCCGCGGCGAAGAACGGGGGGAAAUACAGGCACGUCGUCGCCGUUCACCGCAUGCAGCGCCCGUCGCCUCUGAGCCAGGAUGCAACGGUGGCGCCCAGCUUCAUGGGCUUUAGAAAUCUCAUGGCCUUAGUGCUCGUCGUGUCGAAUCUGCGCCUCAUGAUCGAGAACUUCCUCAAGUAUGGCGUUCUCAUCUGCAUCCGCUGCCACGAUUACCGCCGCCAGGACGUUGUCUACGGCUCCAUCCUCUACCUGCUCGUCCCCUGUCACCUAUUCGUCGCAUACAUCAUCGAGCUAGUGGCUGCGCAGCAGGCCAAGGGAGCCAUCGCGCGCCUGAAAAAGGCAGAGACGGCCGAGGAGCGGGUGCUCGGGCAGGACAGUUUCCGCAAGACAUGGGGCUUAAUCGCGCUCGCACACGGCAUCAACGCGACGCUCAACCUGACCAUUGCGUCGACGGUCGUGUACUACUUCAUCCACCACCCGGGCAUUGGCACGUUGUGCGAGCUGCACGCCAUUAUUGUGUGGCUUAAGACGUGCUCGUAUGCCUUUACGAACCGUGAUCUGCGGCACGCCAUGCUCGACGAGGAUGCGACGCCGCUGCCGGACCUCUACAAGGACUGCGCGUACCCGCGCAACAUUUCAAUCGGGAACCUGACCUACUUCUGGUGGGCGCCCACGCUGGUCUACCAGCCCGUGUACCCGCGGACGGAGCGGAUCCGGUGGGUCUUUGUCUUCAAGCGCAUGUCGGAGGUGGUGGUGCUCAGCAUAGUCAUCUGGAUCGCGUCGGCGCAGUACGCGGCGCCGCUGCUGCGCAACUCGCUGGACAAGGUGGCCACGCUGGACCUGGUGUCGAUCGCGGAGCGGGUGCUCAAGCUGUCGACGAUCUCGCUCUUCUGCUGGCUGUGCGGCUUCAUGGCGCUGUUCCACUCGUCGCUCAACGCGCUGGCGGAGAUUAUGCGGUUCGGCGACCGCGAGUUCUACACCGAGUGGUGGAAUGCAACCAGCAUCCGCAUCUACUGGGUGACCUGGAACAAGCCCGUGACGACGUUUAUGCGGCGCCACCUGUACAGCCCGCUGGUGGGCCGCGGGGUACCGCCGGCCCUGGCGCAGAUCAUCGUCUUCAUCUUCUCGGGGUUGCUGCAUGAGCUGUUGGUCGGGGUGCCAACACACAACAUAAUCGGUGUCGCGUUCUUGGGCAUGGUGUUCCAGAUCCCGCUGAUUCUGGCGACGGACCCGCUGCAGCGGAUGAAGGGCGUGGGCAGCAAGGUGGUGGGCAACCUCGUCUUCUGGAUCAGCUUCUGCCUGGUGGGGCAGCCGCUGGGAGCGUUGCUGUACUUUUUUGCGUGGCAGGCCAAGUAUGGCAGUGCCAGCAAGCCGCAGCUGUGGUGAGGGGAGGAGGAGGAGCAGUAGAGUUUGGAGUAAGACUUAGGAGCGAUAAGAGGAGCCCGGCACAGCGCAUCGGCCGAAUUUAGUCCUUUGUUUGCUACACUCGGCUUGCCGCGUGGUCUGAGGCGGCAAGACGGCGUUCCGGCGCUCCAGCCCCCCGGAACACGUGCCCUGGGGCGGAGGGAGAUAAGCAAUGUUUGCCGGCG